AUAUCRGAAUUAAGUGAAUACUCAUUUUCCUUUAACAAUUUAUUUUGGAUUCUCUUCGGUUUUCUUUUUGAGCAUCUUGGUUUUCUAAAUUUUUCUGUGGUUGGUCAGUCAGAACUCACGAGGAGAUUGGAUAAAUCUUCUGGUCUUGAAAACAACGAAUCAUGUGAAGGAAGUGGCUUGCUACCAAGAUUAAAAAUAACUCAUGGAGAGCAUCCUUUGAGCCUUGGAAAGACCAGCAUAUGGAAUCAGUUUUUCCAGGACACUGAGAUCAUUGAGCAGAUUGACAGGGAUGUGAAACGCACUCACCCAGACAUGCACUUCUUCUCUGGGGAUUCAUCAUUUGCAAGGUCUAAUCAGGAGGCUUUGAAAAAUAUAUUGAUUGUAUUUGCAAAGUUAAAUCCGGGUAUAAGAUAUGUACAAGGGAUGAACGAAGUUUUGGCACCUCUGUUCUAUGUAAUCAGAAAUGAUCCGGAUGAGGAAAAUGCAGCCUUUGCAGAAGCAGAUACAUUCUUUUGUUUUGUUGAAUUGUUGAGUGGAUUCAGGGACAAUUUCUGUCAGCAACUUGACAAUAGUGUUGUGGGCAUCCGUUCCACAAUUACAAAGUUGUCACGGCUUUUGAAAGAACAUGAUGAAGAGCUUUGGCGUCAUCUUGAGGUCACAACCAAAGUAAGAGCUGUUUUUCCAUGUCAUAUCUUUUUUGCUUCUAAUAAUUUUAAUGGCUGUUGAAUAAGAUUGAAAUAC